AUGCAAGCAGCAACAAAGAAACGAGAGCUUCCUAGUAGCCUCCCAUCCGAGGGACGGGAAACCAAGAGGUGCAGACUUGGGAACAAUGUCGACACGAUGCUUCUGCUCAAUGAUUUGGGUAUUCAGUGCCAUAGACUAGGAAAGAUCUAUGAAGCAAAGGCUCUGUUUCGAGAGUCACUUGGGUUCUUCAGCGAGGGAGAUGAUCUACUUGUACGAAACAACGCUCCUAUAGAUCGGAACGGCGCAGAAGCGCCGAGUAACAUCAUCUGCCCCCAGGAGAGUGAGUACGACGAGGGCAUGCAUGGAUAUCGCACGCCAUUGCGUGUAAAAGAUAACAGCAGCAAUGAGGUUGCUAUUGCGACUCUUCGAUACAAUGUUGGUCUUACACUUAUCCAGACCAAGGACUUUGAUGGAGCUCGGCGCUCAUUUACGCGUGCUUUGGAGUUGAUGCAAAACAUGCCUGAAUUGCAAAACAGCUCCAACACUCUGAGUCGCCUAAAGAUCCAACAUAACAUUGGAUACUGCUACUAUCGAACAGGUCAUCGUGUGGACGCCAUGCACCACUACCUCCACGCCUUGCUCCAAGUGAGGGUUGGCAACGACUCUGCGAACAAGUUUGACCUUGCCGUUGCCUGCAACUGUGUUGCCAUGCUACAGCUCAGGGAGAACCAGUGCAAUUCCAACGAUUGUUUGCUCUUGUUGCGCACAAGCUUGGCAAAUUUUGUCACAGCAUCGGGCCAGCUCUCCAUGGAAACAGCCACAGUUUUCUUCAACAUUGGACAAGCUCAUUUCUAUCGAACGGAAUACCCUCAAGCCCUCGUCGCCUUUCAGGAGGCCGCUAGGGUUCGAAAGGAAGUCUUUGGGGGCGAAGAAUCGAUUGAUUAUGCAAUUUGCAUCUUUGGAAUUGGUCAAACUUUUCACAAGCUUGGUUCCUUGGAUGAAGCCAUGAAAUGCUUCAAGAGAUUCUUAGAGAUCCGCGAAUCCAAGGGAAUAAUGGAUCGACACGAUGUCAUCACGGCUCUAAACUCCAUCGCCAUUCUUCAUCGAGACAAGGGAGAACUCAAUGAAGCAUACUCCGUUUUUGAGCAAGCGUUGCUUGUCGGAGUGGCCGCCUUUGGUGGAUCCCACACAAACCUAACAUCCACCUUGAUCAGCUUUGGAAGUCUAUGCUUUCAGAUGGGAAAGUACGACACUGCACUGAAGCUCUACGAGCAGUGCUUGAAGACUCAGAAAGAAAAGUUGGGGGAACAAAGCCCAGAAACCAUCAAUACCUUGCUGAGCAUUGCUCAAAUCCACUGGCAUGUGGGGCGAUACCGGUCUGCUUGGAUUACUUUCAAGGAGAUUCUCGCCCUUCAGGUUCAGACAAUCGGGCCAACGAGCACAUCGGUGGCAUCCACCGUAUCGAGCAUGGCUCUCAUCUACUGCCAGAUGGAGAAGUACGACGAUGCCUUGGAACUAUACCAAGAAGCGUUGCGCAUUCGUCGUGAUUGCUUCACGGAUCAGGAGCACCCUGACAUUAUUGCCACUCUGAACACCAUCGGCCUCGUUCUCUGCAAGCUCCACGAGUUCAAGCUGGCCAAAGAAUCGUUCCAAGAGUGCCUGCGAAGCCGCAUGCAAGCCCUCGGACCGGACCAUUUGGAUGUGUCCAUGCUGAUGCACAAUCUUGCGGCAGUUCAUCUCGAUCUUGGAGAAGAGGAAGAGGCCGUGAAGCUUCUGGAACGAGCUUUGCAAAUCAGAAAGAAGAAUCUUGGUCCCCUUCACCCAGAGGUUGCCUCCACACUCCAUCAUCUUGGUCAAGCCUAUCAAAUGCGCGGGGCCUUGGAGGAAGCUUGCGAGGCUUUCAAACAGGGGUUGGGCAUUGAAAGGCAGAGCGAAACCCGAGACAAUGUUGUGAUCCGAAAGUUGCUGAAUUUGAUUGGUAACAUUCACUUGAUGAGGGCCCAAGUUCCUGAAAUGAUGGAGUGCUUUGUAGAGGCCAGCCGGAUUGAGGAAGAGGGAGGCCAACGAGCGGCUGAUUUUGCCACAACUCUCCUUGUCACGGGGCACAAUUUCUUUGACCUGAGCAAAUUCCAUCCUCAGUGUGCCCCGGUUGCCUAA